GCGAAAAAUAUAGCUCAUCUUUUUAAGCAUGUACAACAAACAAUUAAUUCCAACUGAAUUCGUGGUUUAAAAACGCAGUUAUUCAGCGCUGGUCCAAUUUUGCACUCGUCAUGCUCGCGUAUCAAUGGAACCAACCCAAAACAGCCAAAGUCCAAGAUUAUCUCAAAUCUUCCUGCCCAAACCAUCAACAGGCUACAAUCGGCUGCAACGGCAACGUAGUACACUUACACAUCCCGAAAGAGAUGGACAUCCUGACCGUGGUUUUACUGUGCGUUCUAUUUCUGCUCGUUUUGUUCGAACUGCACGUCCAGUUUUCGACAGCUUACCGUGCUGGAAAGAAAUUUCCCGGACCGAAAGCCUUGCCCUUGCUGGGCAACGCUCACAAUCUACUGUUUAACGAUCAACGGCGUACGUUCCAGCUACCGCGACAAUGGGCCGCUAAGUAUGGCGAUACUUAUCGCAUUCUGGUGCGCGGAUUGCUCAAUCUAAACGCCAUACAGGCGAAAGACGUCGAACCGCUUCUAUCGAGCCCGAAACUUAUCGACAAGGGUAUGAUAUACACCCUGUUGCAUACCUUUCUCGGCAUUGGAUUGUUGAACAGCACUGGCUCCAAGUGGCAACACCGGCGGCGAAUUUUAACGCCCGCGUUUCAUUUCAACAUUUUGCCCAGCUUCUUGAUCACCUUCCAGGAGGAGUGCCGUGGCUUAGUAGCGCAGCUGGAACAGUAUGCCGAUAAGGGUACGCCGGUGGCGCUACAGCCAGUUGCUACCAAAUUUACGCUUAAUACUAUUUGCGAAACGGCCAUGGGUAUUAAGCUGGACUCGAUGACAAUGGCGAAUGAGUAUCGUAGUAAAAUAGAAGCAAUUGGUACGAUGUUGCUCCAGCGGCUUAUGAAUCCUUGGUUGUUCGAGGAUUUCAACUACAAGCUGAGUGGUUUACAGGCCCAAUUUAGCAAACUGCUUCAACCGGUGCACGCGUUCACGCGGUCGAUCAUACAGCAACGACGUGAACAGUUUCAUCAAAACAUUCGCAACAUUGGAGAUUUCUCGGAGGAAAAUAUCUAUACAAACCUUAAACAACGAUACGCGAUGCUGGACACGUUGCUAGCCGCCGAGGCAAAGCAGCAAAUCGACGAGGACGGCAUUCGGGAAGAGGUGGAUACGUUCAUGUUUGAGGGGCACGAUACGACGUCCGCUGCCAUCAUCUUCACGCUGCUGCUGCUCGCACACAGCCCCGAAGUACAGCAACGUUUGUACGAGGAGUUGCAACUGAUCGCUGUCUCACGAUCGGAUGCGGAUGAGGCGGAAUUUACCCAGCGCGACUAUAAUGAGCUAAAGUACAUGGAUAUGGUACUGAAGGAGUCCCUUCGUCUAUAUCCGCCGGUUCCGUUCAUUUCACGCAACAUAACUGAAGAUACCAUGUUUGGCGAUCGUCUUGUGCCGAAGGAUACCCUGUUCAAUGUGCACAUCUUCGAUCUGCACCGUGAUCCUGCCGUAUUUCCCGAUCCGGAGCAUUUCGAUCCCGACCGAUUUCUGCCGGAAAAUGUAGCAGAACGUAGUCCCUACGCGUACGUUCCGUUUAGUGCCGGACCAAGAAAUUGUAUCGGGCAGCGGUUUGCAAUACUCGAGCUUAAAACGGUACUGAGUGCGAUACUGAUGAAUUUCCGCAUAUUACCUGUCACCAAGCGUGAAGAGUUGAUCUUCGUGGCGGAUUUGAUUUUGCGCACCAAAGAUCCAAUUCUGGUUAAGUUUGAACGGCGCCACAGGUAGAAUGAUUCAGGUGGGCAUUUUUAUAAUUAUUCAGAAUGGAUAAUAAACGCAUUAGCACGAUUAUGGCCUAUA